AUGGAUAUUUCCAUUCCUAUCCAGGGACCUCCGUUCGACCUUACUCUGUCGCACUGGGAUCGACUCUUCCCUCCAACGCAUUCCAGACGAGUUCUCUGUUUCCGUCUGACCCCAGAUGCUGAUAAAUACCAAAUAGUCAAUUGGCUACACAUUGCCCUGCAUCAUACAGUGCAGCGUGUCCCUUUCCUCGCCGGCUCCAUCGUCCCUUUCAGUUCAGAAGAAGACAACCGGCCGUGGCUGCGCAAUCUCUCUCCCAACGGGUCUGCAUAUCUAGAUGUCAAGGACCUCUCUGGCGAGCUAAACUAUGACAAGCUAGCCGCGACAAACUUCGACCCGUCACUUCUCGACGCGGAUAAGCUGUGCUCGCUGCCAAGAGUCGCGUAUGUGCAGGACGACCCGGUCGACGUUUGUCGCUUCCGGGCAAACUUUAUAGAUGGCGGGCUUUUACUGGUUGUAUCUAUUAUACAUAUCGUUGCCGACGGGAGAGGUGUGUCGGAGAUAAUCAGGAUGUUUGCGAGUAAUCUUCGCAAAGCGCAGGCUGGAAAACUUGGUCAUCCCUUGGAAAGAUCUACGUCGACCUAUAUCUCUGAUCGAACGCUUCUGGUAACGGGAAAUAUUAUUUCAGGCAACAUCGACAGACACGCUGCAUGGACGGCGUCAAAUUUCAACGCACACGCCAACAUUGCCGACGUCGAGACGUCCUGCCGCACAUUCCGCAUCAGUGUCCAGGCCUUGUCGACCUUGAAAAAGACUGCUACUGCGACAUCAGACGGAGCUGAUGACUGGGUCUCUACGGGCGAUGCGAUCGCAGGCCUGAUAUGGCGCAGUAUUAUGACCGCUCGGCAUCGGGCUGGGCUUUUGGCAAGGGAUGCGACAACACACCUCACCCAGCCUGUAGACUGUCGCUCUCAUCUGCGCCUUCCAGAGCCCUACUUCGGAAACACUCUCUACAUGACUAAAGCCUCAGUGCCGUUUUCGAUAUUCAAAGACCCUGAAAUCGGUCUCUGCAAGGCAGCUCGUAUGGUAAGGGCCGAUAUCCAGGCUGUGACCGCAGAUGAAUUCAGAGAUUUGGUGGGCUAUGCCGAGCGAACUGAGAAAGAAUCUCAUACACGGUUGGGCAUCAUUGAAGAUUUGCCUACAGGGGGUCUUAUUUUAACAACUCACUUCAAGUUCGCAAUGCACCAGAUCGAUUUUGGUCCUGCGUUUGGCGACGGCCAUAUCAGUGCGUUCCGCGUGCCUGCUAAAGGCAGCAUGGCUGGAGCCGUGUAUGUGCUGCCCCAAUUGCCCGAUGGCAGUUGCGAGUUUGUAGUCACAGAGAGUAUGUCGACGCUGAAAUAUCUCUUGGAGGAUGAAUUCUUUGCUCGAUUUGCAGCUGAGGCCACCCAGGCUCUGGAUACGAACGUAAAUCUCGUCCUUCCGGAAAGGAAUCUUCGUCCAGCAGCACUGCCCCAUAAUAUCUUCAAUUCUGGUAACACCAAGACCCUCUCAACCAUGCUAGUAAGCACUAUACCAGCGCCUCACGGCGGAACAAUACAGAUCAUUCAACUCGCGCGAGGUAGCGCAAAGAAUGCCAUCUCGCCCCAGCUUCUGCACGAACUCAACAGAGAAAUCGAGUCUAUCUACGACGAAUCGAAAACCAACUCAACCCGGGCACUCAUCAUAGCCAGCGCCGUCGAUGAUGUCUUUUGCGCGGGGGCGGAUCUGAAAGAGCGCCAGGCCAUGACCCUGAAAGAAACGCACCUCUUCCUCGCCUCCCUCCGAUCAGCUUUCAGCCGUCUCUCCCAUCUUCCCAUCCCAUCCAUCGCCUGCCUGUCAGGCAUGGCGCUAGGCGGUGGUCUCGAACUCGCCCUUUGCUGCCAACUCCGCGUAUUCUCCCCCAAUGCCACCGUUGGCUUGCCCGAGACCCGCCUCGCCAUUAUCCCCGGGGCAGGCGGCACAUACAGACUACCGGCUCUAGUUGGUCUAUCACAUGCCCACGACCUCAUUCUCACAGGCCGCAAAGUCCCUGCCCAGGAAGCGGCCGGCAUGGGCUUGUGCAACCGGCUGGUAGCUACUGAUCCAAAUGAUUCUCGAGAAACAGAACGGUUACUUACUCUCGAUGCAGGUAUUGAGCUUGCGCAGGAGAUUACCAAGGGCGGGCCUGAUGCAGUACGACAAGCUGUGCGGGCACUCCAGCGAACUAGUGAAGCUGCCGAAAUCGCCGCCCACAGUUCUCUUCUACGAUCAACUCAGUAUAUAGAGGCGCUGCAGGCGUUUAAGGAAAAACGAUUACCAGUGUUUAGGGUUGAAUCUCAACCCGAGAAGGCUCGGUUGCCAGCAACUGGUUGGAAUCACAUGGUCCGGUCUAUGGAGAAGUAUCAGAGUGUUAUGUCAAUUUCUUUGCUUACUUGCUUCACUAUGGGAAUGGGAGUGAUGUUUUAUCGUCAAGCUAGAGUUAGCACUGGCACAGUAGCAUCAUGUACGUCGGCAACUUUGAAACAACCGAAAGUGGCCGUCAAAAGACAUAAAAGUCCCUCAGGAGAACCAUUUCAGCUCGGCUCAUCACAUCACAUCGACAAAACCAGGUCAAUCUUUGAGGAAAUGCCCUCAGCAACGCCAAUCAAUCCCAUAGUCCCCACAAUCGACAUAGCCCCCUUCCUCCUCGAUCCCUACUCCCCCUCCGGUCAAGAAGUCAUCUCCUCCGUCCGCUCGGCCUGCAAGAAGACCGGAUUCUUCCAGGUAACAGGCCACGGACUCCCCGAAGAGCUCCAACGCGCUCUUUUCCGUGCAGCAGCGCGCUUCUUUGCCCUCUCCCUCGACGAAAAAAGCAAACUUGACGCGCGCACAACCAUCGGCCGCCGGGGGUAUGACGUUCUUGCAUCGCAGACGUAUGAUGCCGGUGUCUUGCCGGAUCUUAAAGAGGGAUUUUAUGUUGGGCAUGACGUCCCGCUAGACGAUGAGAAAGUUCUAGCCAAGCGCUUCUUCAUGGGACCGAAUGUAUGGCCCGAAGAGACUGUUUUGGGCGCAGAUGCAUUUCGGGACCAUGUCGAGGCAUAUUUCAGCGCCAUUCAUGCACUUGCCUUGAAAGUACUGGAUCUUGUUGCUCGGACGCUACCAUAUUACUGCCCUGAUAUCUUUGCGGAUUUUACGACAGGUCAUACGGUUGCUGUUCUACGCAUGCUGCAUUACCCCCCUACCCCUCCUCAGUCUGCAUCGCCAGACAAAUAUGGCAAGAAGAUACCACGGCAAUACGGCGCAGGGGCGCACACCGAUUUUGGCGCCAUUACUCUGCUCCUCCAAGACGGGCAUGCAGGACUCGAAGUGCUCGACCCGGUCACCUCCGAGUUUGUGGAGGUGAACCCCUCGCCCAGCGCGUUUGUCUUUAAUGUCGGCGAUAUGCUUUCGUUCUGGACCGGAGGCGAGUAUAAGAGCAGCGUGCAUCGGGUGAUCAACAAGGCGCCGACAGACCGGUAUUCGGCGGCAUUUUUCUACGAUGGCGCGUUGGAUUGCCCAUUGGUGCCACUGGAUGGCAGCAGCCAAGGAACAACUGAGGGGGGAGUCUAUACAGUGGAAAAACACAUGAUCAAGAGAAUUAGCGAGAGUUAUGCGGCCGGUAAAUAG